CAGCACUAAGGGGAGGGGAGAAAACACAUCACACCUUCCCCUCAGCCUCACACACAGCUUCAGCCUCAGACCGAGCAGCACAUAUCUUGACGCCGUGAGGAAGAUGCGUGUCCACGCCAGAGGAGCAACAUCAGGGCAGGAAAAUAGCUCCUAAAGCUCCCGAGACAGACAAACAAGCACAUGCCAGGGAACUACACAGAGGAGGAGAGCGUUCCAGAGACGGACAAAACAGGCUGGAGGAGGAAACAUCUGCAGGUUUUUGUUUUCCGUCACUGAGGACCGGCUUUUUGAAAUAAAAGGGGAAUAAAAAAAAAAAAGCUGCCUUCCUUCUUGGAGGUUCAUCUCCUCCUCUCAGCCUCCAGCUCCGCGUUGAGGAAAAAAAAAAAAAAGACUGCUUCACACUCCCGACACCAUGAGCGAGGCGAAGAAAGGUGAGCUAGCCAUCCGGGAUAAAGCCAUCCUGCACCAGCAGAGGCGUCUGAAGCAGGCCACCCAGUUCACGCACAAGGACUCGGCUGACCUCCUGCCCCUGGACGGGCUCAAGAGGCUGGGCACGUCCAAGGACUUGCAACCUCACAGCAUCGUCCAGCGCCGCCUGCUGGAGGGAAACAUCACCCGGCUGCGAGGCGAGGCCCGGGACGCCAGCGCCAGGGUCCGCUCCCCGCUGGCCGACACCAAGGACGGCGCCGCCGACGCCGAGGAGAGGAGCGAGAGCACGGCCGACGACUCCACGGAGGAGAGGGAGUCCCUGGAGGAGAGCGAGCGGAGCCUGCGGUCGGACGAGGAGGACGACAGCAGCGAGGCCGGAGCCAGGCAGACGGCGGCCGAGAAGCCCGACGGAUCGACCCUCCUCCUUACGGCUCUGGUCGUCCAGUGCAAGUGCUGCGAGACUGAAGUCAAGGCGUCCAUCAACACUGGCAACCAACAUAACCACAUCUCCACCUCCUGCUGCCAGAGGCUGGGGCUGGUGCCCAGUCAGGACAGCUCACCGUGUGGUGGGAGCAGCUCGGUGGUGACGGACCUGCAGCUGCAGCUGGGCAGACAGACGGUCCAGUGUUCGGCAUAUGUCAGAGAGGAUGAGGCGUUUGAGCUGUGCCUGGGUCUGCAGACUCUGCUGGAACUUAAAUGCUGCUUGGAUCUGAGCAGUCGGGUCCUGAAGCUGCAGGGCUGCGACGACGAGCUGCCCUUCCUGAACCCAACGACCGACAGCCAGUGCCAACACGACAACAAUGAGAACCUGUGAGCACAACUCAAUGACGGCCGCCACCUCUCCUGAAGCCUGAAGUGGUCGCAGCAACGUGGCGCGGUGCCGUUUGUGUCUGGACUGUCCGAUCACAGUGUUUCUCACUGCCAGAACAUGGAUGAGCGUUCGCAUCUGUCGUUCUUGAGUUUACAUCUUUGUGUUCCGUAGAGUUGAGACAUUUGUCAUGAUAAUCUCUUACAUUAAAUUAGUUUGCAGAGCCAAAUCCAAUCUCUGUAAGUUUAAUCAUUCUUUAUGGUCAUUCUGUAUAUUCAAAUUCAAUUCCAAUGUUCAGCUGCUUGGGUACGCUGACGGUCUCUAAAAGGGAAAAACAAUCAUUUAAAGGCAACGUUUUUCGUGAAUUGACUGUAAAAUAUAAAAUAGGUCAUGUCAAUUUUGAUUCUGCGAAAGGAAUGGUUUUACAUUUGGGGACAUAAAGCAACACUAUCCUUCAACGUCAUCUCUAAAGCUAAUUAUCAACAAGCACAUAAACAGUCAGAUUAAUACCAUUAUGGUUUGUGUUUUUAUUGAUUAAACCAGCGGUUCUCAACAUUCCCAGCUUAUGUUCUCCUUCAUCAAUGUUUGUUACCUCUCUUGUCCUAAAAUAACCUAAUUUAAACUGAAUUAAUUUCAAAACUGAAUCAGUUUAGUCAGGUUUUCAAGAUACUACUUUCACUUGGGUGGGAAAAGGCUCAACAUUUCAACCAUUAAACCAUAUAUUUCAGCUUUUAAGGCUAAAUUAUCUUUUCCUUCCAGCUACUUCACCAAUACAUCUGACAGCUAUGUCAAGAGUUUAUUCCUAGCAUCUACAAAUGUCCACCAUUUAUUGGCAACAUUUAGUUAACAAUGCCAGCUAACAUUAAUCUAACAGCGGCCAAUUUAGCUAACAAUUUAGGUAAUGACGUCAACUGUUCCUUUGGGACAUUUAGCUAGUAAUGUCAACCAGCAUUUAGCUAACAAUGGCCAUCAUUCUUUCACAACAGUUAGCUAACAACAUCAGCUGUUUAUUUGCAACAUUUAGCUUAAAACGCCUGUGGCUUAUUCACAGUGUUUAGCUAACAAUGUCAGCCAUUUAUUCACGGCAUUUUCUUAAAGCUAGCCGUUCCUUUAGCUACCAACAUCAGGCAUUUAUUAACAUUUAUCAAACCAUCCCCAUUGUUCAUUCACAACCUGUAGCUAACAAGAUUAACUGUUUAUUCAUUUCUGACAUUUAUCUAGCAAUGUCAACCAUAUUUUAACAACAUUUAGCUAACAACGACCAUCAUUCACAACAAUUAGCUAACAACAUCAGCUGUUCAUUCGCAACAUUUAGCUUAAACACCUGGGAAUUAUUCACAAUGUUUAACUAACAAUGUCAGCCAUUUAUUCAUGACAUUUUCUUAAAGCUAGCCGUUCCUUCACAGUAUUUAGCUACUGACGUCAGGCAUUUAUUAACAACAUUUAGCAAGCCACUAGCUAAACGUCAUUUUCAGCUAGCAAUGUCGACCGAUCAGUGGCUUACUCAUUUGUUUUAGCUAACUAGUCAACUGUUUAUUCAUUAUCUUUGAGCUCAUUAGUUUAAACUAUCCAUAGCUAUGUCCACUAUUUCUCCUGACUUUUAGCUAACCGGGAUAUCUGUUUACUAAUAAUAUGACCUGCUAGUCCAAUCGUUGCUCAUUGCUUUUAUCUGUAUAUUUUAAAGACAGGUUGUCCACUUCUAUUCUACUAUAAAUCUAUCAAAUGUAACCAAAUAUUUCAACUGUUUAUCUAUAAUGUAACCUAACUCGUUCAGCUGUCAGGGUUAGCUUAAAGCUAAUUAGCUUUACAUUAACUACAACAACCAUUUAUGCAUUAUUUAGUUCCUUAUCCCUAUAACAUGUUAAUUAUUGAGCUUUUGGGGAAGUGGUAAAAGUAUUUUAUCACCAAAAGAGCUUUUCCAACUAAUAUCUUCUGGUUGUAACCUUAUAUUUACUAUUAAUGAGAGCGGCGUUCAUUCUCAUCUGAUAAUCAAGAAUGUAAAUACCCAAAAUGUCAGACUGUUCCUUUAAGAAUCAACAUGACUCAUCUAAAAAGUUUAAGUAGUUAUGAUGCCUUUUUCCAGUGUGUUCAAAGCAAAUAUUGAGUUUUUUGUUUGUUUGUUUUUUUUUUAAGGCUUUUGCAAGUAGGAGAGGACGUGGCUACCUCCUUAAGAGACGAGGGUGAAUUUGCAUCGAGAACCCUCACUCUUUCCUCAUCCAAAGACUGAUAUGGUUCAGUUUUCCUAGGAGCGUACUUUCCAGGAUGUCACAAUGGGCCAGACUGAAUUAUAAUAGUUUGUUACAAAAUCCCUCCAAAUAAAAAUAGACUUCAGGCCAACCAGUCAAACACACUUGAGUCAGACUCGGCUACAAAAAUAUAAAAAAACAUUCCAUCUGCAUGACUUUGUAAAGAUCUGCCUUUGUACAAGUCUGCAUGUUAGUGUACUAGUCUGACGUGUGUCAAAGUCUGAAGAGGCUGGAUGUGUGUGUGUGUGUGUGUGUGUUGUGUGUGCAUGUUAUGAGUCAAAGCAGGGUUUUCUGCCUUGUAACGGCUCCUGUUUCACAUGGGAACAAGCGGAGUAGGUUCCCAUCUUCCCCGGUCAGAGCGAGCUGCCAAAAGCCGACCCCAGCUGCCUUCCCUCUCUGCCUCUUUUUCUAGGAGAUUUUAAUCGCCCCGGCUGUGGCUGCGUUCAGUGCCAGGGCGCCUCUUCAACUUCAUCUUCCUCUUCAGUUUUUUAUUCUUUUUUUGUCCAUUUACCACCUUUUUUUUUGGCUGAUGUUAUUCACUCUGACACCUCAUCUUUGCUGUGAGUUGCUCGUCACAAGAGAAUGAAAAUAACAAAAGCUCCCCCACUACAGUGCCACCUGCCUCUCUUGACUCUGUUUUUCACGAUGUGGAGAAUCGGGAACCCGCCUCACCGGCGCCCACCGAAGGCCGUCGUACCCACGCUUUAAUAACACCUGAGCUGUUUUUUUUUGUUUUUUGUUUUUUGACAGUGCUGCAGUAUCAUCUAACCUCUUCAUAGCGGCCGUCCGCCCGCGCGUAGGUUGACAAUGUUUGUUUCUCUUUGGUGUACUAGUGACCUUCCUAAGCCGUGCGAGAGGAAUCGAUGUGUGACAGAAAUUUAUUUUUGGUGUUUCUCUUCUUCUGAACAGUAUUUUCUCUGCCUAAUAAAAAUAUGUAUUCUGGCUA